CAUGGGUUUCGACGAUUUUCUACCUACGCUUGGGGAGUUUGGUACCUACCAAAAGAUCAUCUGUGCCCUGGUGUCUACCUUCCAAUUUCCAGCUGUUACCAGUGUACUCGCUAUCGUUUUCCUGGCAACUCCGGCUAACCUUUGGUGUUCUUUUGACCUGAUUUGUGACCGGAAAUACCUGAUCAACCUAUCCCAAUCCCUCUUCUUCGUUGGCGUACUGAUCGGAUGUGUGACCUUUGGUGCAAUAGCCGAUAGAUUCGGGAGGAAAGUAACCCUCAUCCUUUGUAACAUCAUCUUUGUGUUGAUCGGCAUUGGUGCUGCGUUCUCACCCAACUAUAUCACUUUCGUCGUGAUGAGAACAAUAGAAGCGGCAGCCUGUUUCGGCUUUGCUCUUAUCUCUUAUGUAAUAGACUUUCUUGUAUUUCUUUCUUCAGGUACAGAGUUUGUAGGUCCGUCGAAACGUGCGUUUGUCAGCGUCAUGUUGACAGCUGCGUUCCCGUUAGGAUAUAUUCUACUCACUUUCUACGCCUAUUUUAUCAACAAUUGGCGCCAUCUUCUACUAGCUCUUCAUUUGACCUUUGCCAUCUACUUCUUCUUUUACCUAAAAUUAGAAUUCUCACUAAAACAACAUUGCCUGCUUGUCCGGACAGUUAUAUUUUAUUUCCUUCAUGUCGAUGAUUUUAGCUUCAUCCCAGAAUCAGUACGUUGGCAAAUCUCUAAAGGUCGGUAUAAAGAGGCUCAAGCAACUGUUAAAAGGGUAGCUAAGAUCAACAAGGUCAAACUCACAGAUGAUUUCUUCUACCAGCACAACUUUUACAGGACAAGGGAAACGACAAAUCCUGAGAGGAACCAUGAUCCGAAUCUUAUCGAUCUCUUCCGAACACCUGUCCUACGAAAAAGAAUGAUCGUGUUGAUCAUUGUUUGGAUGACCAAUAACCUGAUCUUCUACGGAUUGCAUCUAAGCACGGGUAGCUUCGGGGUCAAUAUCUACCUUAGUUUUCUUAUCUCAGCAGUGGUAGAAAUAGUUGCUAUGAUCAUUUGCAUCCUAGUUAUCGAACAGGUUGGACGUCGAUACAGCCUCAUCGCUUGUCUCGCCAUAUCCGGCAUUGCUAGUUGUAUCGCCAUUUUCAUCCCAACCCCUCUCAUGCUCCUCCUCUAUGAUGUAUGGCCACCUGGUUCUCUUGUUCUCCAGACCAUAGCUGCUCUGGUGACGGCCGCUCUAUGCCUCAUCCUCCCUGAGACCAGGGGCAAGAAGCUACCCGAGACGCUGGAAGAUGGUGAAACGUUUGGAAUGUAG